AUCCUGAAGUAAUAGAAGAAGAUAAAGAAUCAGUGGUAUCAUAUGAAACGGAUAAUAGUUUCCACCCAGACUGGAGACAAGAUUUCAAUGCAAAAAAAUUCAAAAUUUGGACUUACGCUGAAAAAAUCCCUGAAAAAUUGAUGGGUGAAAAAAUUGAGUUUGUAAAAAAAGCCAUUAGAGCAAAAACUGAAUUAACCCUAGUCAGAGUAGAGAACAAUAGAAAAGACAAAAUGAUCUCUGUAUUGUUUGACAACAAAGAAAAUAUACAAGCUGCACUGGAAGAAUGUGGUAAUGGGCAAUCGUUAUCUUUAAUAACUAAAGAACUUCUUAAUCAAUGGAGCAUAAUUAUUGGUGAAGACUUAUUCCGUAUCACACCAACUGAUUGUAAUUAUGAUAAUCUCAUGUCACGUGGUAAAUUUGCUGCAAGGAUAAUCAAUCUACCCUUUGGUAUCACAGCGAAAGAGAUUAUUCCUAAUAUCAAAACGAUUGGUGCUCUUACUUGCUAUAUCCCUAGGUCUUGUAAUUAUAGACAUAGAAAUGAGACAAUUAUAUCAUUUGUAAGUGAAGAAGUACUAGAAACGACAUUUGAUAAAGAGUGGAAGGCAA